GCGGGCCGGAAGGAGGCGCGGAUUUGAAGGCAGCGGCGGGAGGGGCGGUGAGGUACCGCGCGGGGCAGGAACCUUGGAGCCUGUGAAACACUGAAAGUCAAGUGUAAUCUUAAGCAGAUGAUUGUCAAACCUUUAUUUUGAAUUUGAUCAAACAAAAAAGGGAAACUGGUAGAAAAUGACACCUGGGAAAGUUCUGCAACCUGUACUGAAAAUGAAGGUGGAUGAACUCUUUCUGUGCUGGUUGAGUCAGCCUGCAACUCAGCUAACACUAAAGGACUUGUUGAGAAGAAUCAAGAAUGAGGAGAAGACGGAGAUUGGUAAUGGAGAACCAGGAAAUAGUAAAAAUGAGAAGUUAGCUGAUAAAAAUUCCAGUUCCAAGCAAUGCAUGUUAGGAGAUACCAGACUGCCUUUGAUGUCUUUCAGUCCUCCUCAACUUUCUACUACUCUUCCAUUGGCAACUCCAGCCACCCCAAGGAACACCUCUAAUAACAUUAGAGCAACGCGUCGAUCCUCAGGAACCAGAGUAGUUCAGACAAAGAAGGAAGAAACUUUGCCACCAUCACUUAGUCAAAACAUUCCAACUUUCUAUUUUCCUCGAGGAUGUCCUAAGGAAAAAGUGAAUAUAGAUGCUGUGAUUGCCAAAAUUGAGAGAACUUUCUCUGAGUUUCCAAAUGAGAGGGCAACGUUAGAAGACAUGGGGAAGGUUGCAAAGGCUUGUGAAUGCCCACUUUACUGGAAAGGUCCUUUGUUUUAUUGUGCUGGAGGUGAACGAACAGGAUAUGUGUCAGUUCAUAAAUUUGUUGCAAUGUGGCGGAAAAUACUUCAGACCUGCUACGAUGAUGCUGCAAAGUUUGUUCAUCUUCUAAUGAACCCUGGAUGCAACUACUUGGUGCAAGAAGACUUCAUUCCUUUUUUACAAGAUGUAGUGAAUAGUCAUCCUGGCCUAUCAUUUUUAAAAGAAGCAUCUGAAUUUCAUUCUCGGUAUAUUACCACAGUUAUACAGAGAAUAUUUUAUACAGUAAAUAGGUCCUGGUCUGGGAAAAUAACUUGUAACGAGCUCAGGAAAAGCAACUUUUUACAGAAUGUGGCAUUAUUGGAAGAAGAAGCUGAUAUUAACCAGCUGACAGAGUACUUCUCAUAUGAACAUUUUUAUGUUAUCUAUUGCAAAUUUUGGGAGCUGGAUACAGACCAUGACCUCUAUAUUGAUCGGAAGGAUUUAGCUCGACAUAAUGAUCAUGCAAUUUCAAAUAGGAUGAUAGAGCGGAUCUUCUCAGGAGCUGUAACAAGAGGUAGAAAAGCACAAAAAGAUGGGAAAAUUAGCUAUGCUGAUUUUGUCUGGUUUUUAAUAUCUGAAGAGGACAAGAAGACUCCAACUAGCAUUGAAUACUGGUUUCGCUGCAUGGAUCUUGAUGGGGAUGGUGCUUUGUCCAUGUAUGAAUUGGAGUAUUUUUAUGAAGAACAGUGCCAAAAGUUAGAUAACAUGGCCAUAGAGCCUUUGCCAUUUGAAGACUGUUUGUGUCAGAUGCUGGAUCUUGUGAAGCCACAACAUGAAGGAAAAAUUACGCUGCAUGAUUUAAAGCGUUGCAAGUUGACAAAUGUGUUUUUUGAUACUUUUUUCAACAUUGAAAAAUACCUUGACCAUGAACAGAAGGAUCAGUUUUCUGUGUUGCGGGAUGGUGAAGGUGAAAGCCAAGAGGUCUCUGACUGGGAGAAGUAUGCUGCUGAAGAGUAUGACAUCUUGGUGGCAGAAGAGGCGGCAAGUGACCAGUGGAAUGACGGGUAUGAAGCGGAACUGAAUCCUGAAGACCAUCAGAAGGCCAACGUCCUAAAGUAUCAAAUGGAGAAAAGACCGUUUUUUGAAAUGCCUUCCCAUCUGGCCGAUGUAGACUUGGAUGAAUACGACUACGAAGAGGACUUUGAGUAGCGGUUACUUACAGUCAGCACUUGCAGGAGAGAAGGGACAGUCUGCAGCAGGUCUGCUACACACCUAUACUUUUCAGUGGGGUUUGUUUCCAGGAAGUCAGCUUAGUUUUGUGCUCAAAAUAUUUAAUCACUACACUACCUUUUAAAUAAAAGAAGCGUAUUUGUAUGGAAUGAUGAAACUUUUUGUACUUAUUCCUUAGUCUACAGUUUGUAAAAUAGAUAAAAAUAUUUAUUUACAGAUGUUGCAUAAUUCCUUUUUGGAAGAGUAACAAUAUUUGACUUUAGAGAAAAGUAAUCUAUUGUUUGAGAACUGUAUAAUUCUUUUUAAGUUGGUGUGUGGUGCACUGACCAUCUCCAUCCGCAUGUGAACGGCUGUUCCUGCCCUGGUGUGGGAGGUACAGGGACAAGUUUCACCUGGCCAGCGCUGCUUAUCCGCUCCCAGACGGCCCUGGGGUUUUUAUGCCUCGGCAAGGGAGAGACGCGACUGUGGGGGCAUGAUUUGGCUCUCAUUUACAAAUAGUUCCAUUUGAUGAGCUGAGCACAUCAGUGCACAAGGAAAGCGAACGCCUGAGACGAGUUGCUUCUCUUCUCUGUAGUCCUUGUUUGCCCCAACUUUAAUUUUGCCUGCCCUUUUAAACUUCAGUCUUUUCAUUGAUGUUCAUUAUAGAUUAUUUAAUAAUGAAGUCUGUUUUAGUGUUCAUACUUGAUCCCAAAUGAGUGUGUUCAUUCAUGUAGAAGGAACCAAUUUUUUUUUAAAAUCCUUUGUAUAAGUGGUACUUGAUCAGUGAUGUGCACUAAUUUGUUGUGGGCAUUCAGUGCUUUUGUCUGUCCCCCCUUUCAGUUGUUUGCUAUUGACACAUUCCAUGGAUCUUCAUCAGUGUCACAGCAGCUUGAAAUUGUUGCCUCACUCUUACUGUUAAACAGAUUUUGUUGGAGAGAAAAAAAAAUGUAUAAAAAGAUGUAAGUUAUUUUUUGGUUGCAGUGUAGAUCUAUUAAAAAUGUUUAGAUAUUAUGUUUGUAUUUUCAAAUAAAGAUUUUCAUACAUGUAA